AUGAAUUCUUUGACCCAUGUCCGCUUAUCUACUCCACUGCAUACCCAGCGUUAUUUCAAGAGGCUUUUUGAGCUUUUCUCAAUCACACCUCAAUUUCCUAAAUCACUCGCUCACAGUUCAAGCACAUCCAAUUCCUUCAUGGCUUCAAUUCCUUCUUCUUCUUCUUCUUCUUCUUAUUCUUCUUGUUCUUCUUCUUAUUCUUCUUCUUGUUCUUCUUCUUAUUCUUCUUCUUCUUCUACCUAUGGAUCGAAACACGAUGUCUUCAUCAGUUUCAGAGGGGAGGACACCCGCAAAAAAUUCACAGACCAUCUGUAUGCUGGUUUGGAACAAAAAGGCAUAUCCACUUUUAGGGACGAUGAAAAUCUCGAGCGGGGAACACAUAUUGGCCCAGGGCUAUUCAAAGCAAUAGAAGAAUCAAUGUUUGCUGUUGUAAUUCUCUCAAGCGAAUAUGCAUCUUCAAGGUGGUGCUUGAUUGAACUAGCAAAGAUUAUUGAUUGCAUGAAAAAUACAGGGUUAAUAGUGCUGCCAGUUUUCCACUACGUGGAUCCAAGUGAUGUGAGAAAUCAAAGGGAGAUUUAUGCCGAAGCCUUUAAGAAACAUGAAGAGCAUUUCAAAGAUAGCAACGAAGAAGAUGUGUACAUGUGGAAAGUUGCUUUGACAAAAGUAGCUAAUAUUUCUGGAUGGGAUUUACGGGAUAGGCAUGAAUCAAAAGUUAUCCAAGAAAUCGUUGGAACGAUAUCUAGUGAAUUGAAUCGUAGAUUCUCAAAGACUAUUUCUAAAGACCUUGUUGGAAUAGACUCCCGUGCGGAGGAAAUGUUGGAUUAUUAUUUGUGUGAAGGGUUGGGUGGUGUUCGCUUUGUUGGGAUUUGGGGGAUGGGUGGGAUAGGUAAAACAACUCUUGCACAAGAAAUUUAUAGAAGAAUUUCUAGUAACUUUGAAACUAGCAGUUUUAUUGCUAAUGUUAGAGAAGAAACUCAAAAUCAAGGUUUAGUUUCAUUGCAGAAACAACUUCUCUCUGAGAUCCUCGUGCAAAGCAAAAUAAGGAUAUCAAACGUUCGUGAGGGAAUCAAUGUUAUAGGGAAUAGACUACGUGAUAAAAAGGUUCUUAUUGUUCUUGAUGAUGUGGAUCAAGAAGAACAACUAGAAGCACUAGCAGGGAAACAUGAUUGGUUUGGUCUUGGAAGUAGAAUUAUUUUAACAAGUAGAGAUAGACAUUUGUUAAGAAGAAGAUGUGGAGUGGAUGAUAUAUAUGCAAUUAGAGGGUUGAGUGAUUAUGAAGCUUUGUUGCUUUUUAGUUGGAGAGCUUUCAAGAAAUCCCAUCUUAAUAAAGAAGAUUAUGUGAAGCUAUCUAAGGAUUUUGUGAAUUAUUCUAGUGGUCAUCCUUUAGUUAUUACAGUUGUAGGUGCUUCGUUGUUUGCUAAAGGAAUAGAUGAAUGGAAAACUGCUCUAGAUAAACUAAAAGAAACAUCUGACCACAUUUUAGAUGCACUUAAAAUGAGUUUUGAUGAGUUGAUUAAUAUACAAAAAGAAUUGUUUUUGGAUAUUGCAUGUUUUUUCAAGGGAGAGAACAUCAAUCGCAUAAGAGAUAUACUAACAACUUUUGGUUACUAUCCAGACUAUAAUAUUGAUGUUCUUAUAGACCGAUCUCUUAUAACCAUUGAUGCAUGGGGAACUUUGUGGAUGCAUGAUUUGCUACAAAACAUGGGUCAAGAAAUUGUUCGUCGUGAAUGUCCUAAAGAUCCUAGUAGACGUAGUAGGUUGUGGCUUUAUGAGGAUGUCUUACAUGUAUUGAAGAAUAAUACUGGGACAGAGUUAAUUCAAGGCAUAGUUCUCAAAGAACAUGUUCAUAAAACGGAACGAUUGAAUGUUGAAUCCUUAUCAAAGAUGAAAAAUUUGAGAAUGCUUAAGAUUCAAGAUGUGCUCCUCCCAAACCACCUCAAUUAUCUUUCUAAUGAGAUAUGCAUUAUAGAAUGGCAUAGAUGUCCUUUAAAUUCUAUGCCAGCCAAUUUCCAACCAAAUAAACUUGUUGAAUUGAAAAUGCAUUGCAGCGCCAUCAUUCAACUAUGGAAAGGAAUUGUGACUUUAGACAAGUUAAAGCUCAUUGAUCUGAGUGAUUCUCAAAAGUUGAUCGAGACCCCAGAUUUCAGUGGAGCCCCAAAUCUUAAGCAUUUGAUUCUUCGACGUUGUACAAGAUUGUAUAAGAUUCAUGCAUCUAUCAGAAAUCUCAGAUGGCUUAUUCAAUUGGAUUUAAAUGGUUGCAAAUGUCUUCAAAUCCUUCCACCCAAGAUCAGCUUGGAAUCUCUUGAGGUUUUUGAUCUUUCUGGUUGUUCAAGACUGAAGAAGUUUCCAGAGAUUGUGGGAGAUAUGUCAUGUUUAUCGAAACUUGAUUUGGACAAAACUGCUAUAAAAGAAUUACCAAUAUCAGUGCAGAAUUUAACCAACCUCACUUUUUUGAGUCUAAAAGACUGCAAGAAUCUUUCAAGUCUUGGUGUUUGUUGCAAUUGGAAUUUUUUAAAAACUCUUGCUCUAUCCGGUUGUUCAAAAUUGAAGAAGUUUCCAGAAAUUGUGGAAAAUAUGUCACAUUUGACAGAAUUAUAUUUGAAUGAGACUGCUAUAGAAGAGUUGCCAUCAUCAUUAGAGCAUUUAACUGGCCUUACUUUUUUGAGUCUAAGAAAUUGCAAGAAUCUUUCAAGUCUUACGGAUGCUAUUUGUACAAUGAUAUCUCUAAAAAUUCUCAUCUUAUCUGGUUGCUCAAAACUUGACGAACUACCUGAGAACUUGGGGAAUCUUGAAGGUCUGGAAGUGUUAGAUGUGAGUGGAACAGCUAUAAAAGCGCUACCUACCUCUGUUGUUUCCUUAAAAAAUCUCAGAGUAAUAUCUCUGCGCUUACUCUGUAGAUGUGAAGGGCUAUCAUCUAAAUCAAUGAAUAAGCGUCUCAGUUUUCUUUUAUUCCUCGGUUUUCUUUUAUUGCUUGUCGUCUUUCAUAUACUUCUAUCUGGAAGGAAAUACUUUUGUUUGCCGCCCAAAAAUUAUUGUUCAGCUAUCUGAUCUACGAGAACCUUUUUUUGAAAUAUUGCCCAAGUCUUCGAUCAUUGCAAGAGCUUCUAUUAAAUACGGCAUAUUGAUGCAACAGACUGUAUAUCACUGGAAACUUUAUCAGUGAGACCUGAAGAUGAUUUUCAGCCAACUCCUUGUCUUUUCAAUUGCGUAAUUGAGAAUCAAGGCUACGAUAACAUGUUAACAACUGAACAUUGCUAAGACAUUAUGUCAUUAAUGACCAGGUAUAUGGUGUUGACAUUCCUGUAAGUGAAAUUCUGAAAUUGUUUAGCCACCAAAAUGUGUAGACAUACCACACCAAAGAGGAUACGACUCCCUAAUCUAAUUGAUAGACUCAUUCCAUGUUUCAGAAUUUGGAUUGAGAAUUCAAGCACACAAGACAAGGUGACUCUGUUUGCAAGGAAGAGAAGUCCCAGUGAAAUUGGUAGCUUUGAUGAAUCUGCAAGGCUGAUACACUAUUUUUCUCUAUUUUAUUUUGAAUGGUGCUUACCCCAAGGCUUGUAGGACUUGCAAAAGGAUUUUGCUCUCGGAUUGUAUUAGAGCAUGCUGCUCCUAUUGCGAAUGAUAUGGUGGCUGCAGAUCCCUCUUCUACAGUGGUGCAUUCUUUGAGAAGGAAUUAAUCAAGAAUGGAAAUCCUUAAUAUUCAUGCUGCUGGCCAAACACGGUGAAAUUGACUAUGAAGCUGUUGUAAAGCUUGCAGAGGUU